AACAUUCAAGAUUUGCCGGUGAUAACCCAGCAGCGUAGCUUGAUAAAGCCUGACACAACGCCAUUCUCUGUUGCCAAGCUGCGCGCGCAUUCUCGCUGACGUCAUAUUGUUUACAAACAGUAAAAGGGUCUAUAUGUUUUUAUCUAAAUGAAGUUCAUGUUCUUGUUCCUUUUUCCCACAUCAUGUAGCCAGUAUCACUCAUGGUGUAAAUAUAAAGGUAUGGUGGUCUGUAACAUCAUGUGUCUGUGUUUCCUACAGAUGUUCCACAGCUGGUGCUGGUUAAAGAAGAAGCUCCUGAAGAACAGAGUGCUGGUGUGGACCAGCAGGACCCAGAACACCUCCACAUAAAGGAGGAACAGGAGGAGCUCUGGACCAGUCUGGAGGGAGAGCAUCUCUGUUUGAAGGAGGAGACUGAAGCUGUCGAGUUUCCUGUUACUGCUGUUUCUAUAAAGAGUGAGGAUGAUGAAGAGAAACCUCUGGUCUCACAGCUUCAUCAGCAGCAAAUAGAAGACAGAGAUGUUCCAACCAGCAGCUCAGCUGACCAGAUGGCAGCAGAAACUGGUGGAGGAGCAGGAACUAGCAGGAACCCAGAUCUGAACCCUCAUGAACAAACAUCUGAUUCUUCAGAGACUGAAGUUAGUGGAGAUGAUGAUGAUGAUGAUGAUGGUGUGAAUCUGGACUCUGAGCUGUCAGACUCUGGGUCUGAAACUGGAGAUGAAGAUGAUGACUGGAAUGAGAGCAGGUCUUCUGAGUCAGAUGUUUUAAGGAAGAGAGAAGAGACGGAUGAGAAACCUCUGCUCUUACAUUUCCACAACCAUCAAAUGAAAGACGGAGGUGUCCCAACCAGCAGCUUGGCUGGGCAGAUGGCAGCAAAAGUUGGUGGAGGAGCAGAAACUAGCAAGAACCUAGAUCUGGACCCUAAUGAAAAGACAUCCGAUUCUUCAGAGAUUGAAGUUAGCGGAGAAGAUGAAGAUGAUGUGAAUCUAGACUCUGAGCUUUCAGACUCUGGGCCUGAAACUGGAAACGGAGACCAUGGCUGUAAGGAGAACAAGUCUUCGGAGUCAGAUAUUAAGACCAUCAACGAAUCAUUUAGCUGCCCUGUGUGUGGUAUACGGUUCCUCCACCAGUGGUCUCUUCAGGAACAUGUGAGAGUGACAAGUCAUUUAGCAGUAAAGUCUUCCGAGUGUUCGGUUAAUACAAAAUGUGUGAUAGAGAAGCAACAUGGAGGCUCAUGUAGAAAAGUUCAGAAAGAACCUAAAUCAUUUAGUUGUGAUGACUGUGGAAAAAGAUUUAGCCUAAAGUCCAAUUUAACCCGUCAUAUGAAAGGCCACACCGGGCAGAAUUCUUUUGCCUGUGAGCUCUGUGGAUACAGAUGUACCCAAAAGGCAAAUUUAAACACACACAUUAGAGUCCACACAGGAGAGAAGCCUUUUGCCUGUGAGCUCUGUGGAUUCAGAUGUACCCAAAAGGCAAGUUUAAACACACACAUGAAAGUCCACACAGGAGAUAAGCCUUUUGCCUGUGAACUCUGUGGAUACAGAUGUACCCAAAAAUCAGAUUUAAACACACACCUGAAAGUCCACACAAGAGAGAAGCCCUUUGUUUGUGAGCUCUGUGGAUACAGAUGUACCAAAAAGGCAAGUUUAAACACACACAUUAGAGUCCACACAGGAGAUAAGCCUUUUGCCUGUGAGCUCUGUGGAUACAGAUGUACCCAAAAGGCAAGUUUAAACAGACACAUGAGAGUCCACACAGGAGAUAAGCCUUUUGCCUGUGAGCUCUGUGGAUACAGAUGUACCCAAAAGGCAAGUUUAAUCAGACACAUGAAAGUCCACACAGGAGAUAAGCCUUUUGCCUGUGAGCUGUGUGGAUACAGAUGUACCCAUAAGGCAAAUUUAAACACACACAUUAGAGUCCACACAGGAGAGAAGCCUUUUGCCUGUGAGCUCUGUGGAUACAGAUGUACCCAUAAGUCAAGUUUAAACAAACACAUGAGAGUCCACACAGGAGAGAAGCCUUUUGCCUGUGAGCUCUGUGGAUACAGAUGCACCCAUAAGGCAAAUUUAAACACACACAUGAGAGUCCACACAGGAGCGAAGCCUUUUGCCUGUGAGCUCUGUGGAUACAGAUGUACCCAAAAAUCAGAUUUAAACACACACAUGAAAGUCCACACAGGAGAGAAGCCCUUUGUGAGCUCUGUGAAUACAGAUGUACCAAAAAGGCAAGUUUAAACACACACAUUAGAGUCCACACAGGAGAUAAGCCUUUGCCUGUGAGCUCUGUGGAUACAGAUGUACCAAAAAGGCAAGUUUAAACACACACAUGAAAGUCCACACAGGAGAUUAGCCCUUGCCUGUGAGCUGCGUGGACAAAGAUUUAGCCGAAAGACAAAUUUAAAGAGACAUACGAGCAUCCCCAAAAGGCUCGAGGGAUUUAUUUAACAACAGUACUUCCAAAUGUACUUAUUAGACUAUUUAGUUUUUUUUUACAACCUUAAUGUUAGUCUUGUACCUCUGCUCAACUAUCGUUGAUCAAGUCUGUACUCGGCCCUUGAACCACCUCUUCUUUUAAUUUUCUUUUUCCAAAUCUCCUUUGUUUUUUAAACUCAGACCUUACCAAACAUUUGAGAUGUUCAUUCAUGAAUUCUGAAUACAAAAAAAAUUACUUAAAGAUUAAGAAAAAACUGUUAUACCCUCCUGUAUUUAAGAAACAGACAAGAUAACAGACACAUGAUGGUUGUAGUACAUAACCCACUGCAAUUUACAGCUGUUGGAUACCGGUGGCGUCUGCUUUAAACAAUUUAUCUGUAUUUAAAGUAAUAGCAUACAAUGUUGUAAUAACUGCAGCUUAAAAAUAACGUGUCUUCAUUCAUUUGGAGCCCCUAGGAAGAAAUCCCACCUUAAAGGCUAUGGAGAGACAGCUGGGACUGUUGUCAAGAAGUCAUAAAUUACAAGGCGGCUCUGUGGAGACUCCAUUCUCCUACAAUAGCAUUUUGCUAUUCUAAGCAGGCUUAGGAAUGUGCCUGUACCAGAGUUUUUAGAGAUGCUUUUGCAGAGUUAUAAGCAGUGGACAGAUGCCGGAAAGACAGAACCACUUUUGGGCUGCAUGGUUCUCCACCGGUGUACCGAUGCUUGUAUUAACAUGGACUAGAUUGUAAUAAACCGGUUAUCAUUUUUAACUCAAA